CUAGAGCGGCUGCGCCCCGCUCUGCGCCUUGCGGGCCCCGCCGGAAGCGGAAGUGAGCGCUCUGGCGGGCGCGCGGGGGGUAUAGCGGCUCUCGGCGCUGUCGCCAUGGGGGAUGAUAUGGACGUGAUCCCCGAGCGGGAGAUGAAGGAUUUUCAGUUCAGAGCACUGAAGAAGGUCCGGAUCUUUGAUGCUCCUGAUGAUCUUCCCAAAGAGCGGUCCAGCCUCCUUGCAGUGUCCAACAAAUAUGGGCUGGUCUUUGCUGGUGGAGGAACCAGCCUGCAGAUCUUUCACACUAAAAAUCUUCUCAUGCAAAAUCAGCUGGGAGAAGAUCCCAAUAAAAUUGUUGAGAAUGUUCAGAGUACCAUGAUUCCCAUGAAGUUUCCUGUGCAGCACCUGGCUCUAAGCUGUGAUAAUCUCACUCUGUCUGUCUGUAUGAUGUCCAGUGAGAUCGGUUCCUUCAUUGGCUUUUUUGAUGUCCGCACGUUCUUAAAUCAGGCAAAACAGCAGAAACGUGCAUUUGCGUAUCACAAACUAGCCAAGGACUCGGGAAGCGCAGCGAUGGUCAAUGACCUGAAGUGGAACCCUACUAGUCCUGCUAUGGUGGCCAUCUGCCUGUCCGACGGCAGCAUCUCUGUCCUGCAGGUCACAGAUGCCGUGAAAGUGUACGCCACGCUGCCUUCCUCUGUAGCUGUUACAUCCGUGUGUUGGAGCCCGAAGGGAAAGCAGUUGGCUGUAGGGAAGCAAAAUGGCACUGUGGUCCAAUAUCUGCCUAACCUACAGGAGAAAAAAGUCAUCCCUUGUCCUCCGUUUUAUGACUCGGACAAUCCUGUUAAAGUCUUGGAUGUACUGUGGAUUGGUACAUAUGUCUUCACUAUUGUAUAUGCGGCUGCUGAUGGGACACUGGAAACACCCCCAGAAGUGGUCGUAGCCAUAUUGCCUAAAAAGGAAGAGAAGCGACCAGAGAAGUUUGUGAAUUUCAUGGAGCCUUGUUAUGGGAGCUGCACUGAGAGACAACAUCAUUACUUCCUCAACUAUGUUGAGGAAUGGGAUCUAGUUCUGGCAGCAUCGGCAGCUUCCACAGAAGUCAGCAUUCUUGCCAGACAAGGGGAUCAGAACUGGGAAUCAUGGGUUUUGGAAGACUCCAGCAGAGCAGAGCUUCCUGUGACAGAUAAGAGCGAUGACACCCUGCCCGUUGGUGUUGCUGUAGACUACACCAGUAACAUGCCUAUUCCAAUCAGUGAUGAGAAGACCCUCGCUCCAGCUCCAGUUCUGAUGUUGCUCUCUACGGACGGUGUGCUCUGCCCGUUUUACAUGAUCAACCAGAACCCUGGGGUCAGAUCGCUUAUUGUGACUCCAGAGCCAUUAUUGAUAGAAGGGGAAAGAGUACCAAAAUCGGCAGGAAGCACUGCCACACCUUUGACCACUCCUCCGCCUUCUUUAAAGCCUGACACAGUACCAGGUGUUGCUCCUACUACUCCGGCCUCAAGUAUCCCUCCUGCUGGGGGUGGAGCAGCUGCAUUUUCCUUUAUGCCUUCAACUGUGAAGAUGCCUGCCUCUACAAGUGGUGACCCCCCUCCUUACCCUUUUGCAACUGAUGCCUCCAAGCAAGCCCUGGGGCCCAGUCUGACUGGAGCAGCAACAUUCUCUUUCUCCUCUGCUUCUUCCAAGACAUCUAUGACUUCAGCCCCUUCUACAGGCACAACUACAGCUACAGCUACUGCCACCUCCUUUUCCUUUGGAUCCAUGAACUUUAAACCAGCUGCAGAUAGCUCACCUGGGCCACCACUGUCCACAACACCUGUUACACAGAAGUCAUCGUUCACCCCUUCGGCUUCUUCGGUCAAAGUGAACCUCAAUGAGAAGUUCACUGCUGUAGACACUUCUACUCCCACUAGCAGCAGUGGUCAUGCCAAUUCCACGAUGUUUUCAUUCUCAACCACUUCAAAAGCUGCUACUGGAGGUCCUCUGAGCCAGUCCACACCUCUCUCAGCCUCUCCUGCCACACCACUGAAGGCUUCUACUCCUGUGUCUGCUGCUGUGGCACGUCCUGCUCAAAAUAUGCCUUCAGCUUCUUUACUACAGAAGACUGCCAAAAUCACCCCUUCUGCAGCAAAGCCAAGCUCUACUCAGGGCAAAUCAGCACUUUCCAGCACUGGUAUAGAGAAGCAGGUCCACCAGUGGAAGGAUUCAGACCCUGUCAUAGCAGGCAUCAGAGAGGAGAUUGCCCAUUUCCAAAAGGAGAUGGAGGAGCUGAAGGCUCGGACUUCCAAAGCCUGUUUUCAAGUGGGUACUCCAGAGGAAAUGAAGAUGCUGCGAACUGAAUCUGAAGAUCUUCACACCUUCCUCUUGGAAAUUAAAGAGACAACAGAGUCUCUUCAUGGAGAUAUUAGUAUUUUGAAGACAACCUUGCUGGAGGGAUUUGCAGGGGUAGAAGAAGCUAGAGAACAGAACGAGCGGAAUCACAGUUUGGGAUAUUUACACUUGCUCUAUAAGAAACCUUUGGAUCCCAAGAGUGAAGCACAGCUUCAGGAAAUUCGACGCUUGCACCAGUACGUGAAGUUUGCUGUUCAGGACGUGAAUGACGUUCUGGAUUUGGAGUGGGAUCGGCAUCUGGAACAGAAGAGAAAGCAGAAGCGCCUGAUAGUUCCUGAGCGAGAGACUUUGUUUAACACCCUGGCUAAUAACCGGGAAAUAAUCAAUCAGCAGAGGAAGAGACUAAAUCAGCUGGUGAACAGGCUGCAGCAGCUCCGACUGUGUAAUCAGACAUCUCAGUGGAGUGUUCCCGGUGAUACAUCUUCCCUUAGCAGUGCUCAAAGUUUUGACAGUGACCUUGAAAGCCUGCGCAAUGCUUUGAUGAAAACUACCUUGGAAUCACAUGCCAAACCCCUGCCUAAAGUACCUGCUAAAUUAUCCUCUGUGAAACAAGCACAGUUAAGGAAUUUUCUAGCCAAGAGGAAGACUCCACCCAUUAGAUCUACAGCUCCAGCAAACUUGUCCCGAUCUGCCUUCUUGUCCACGAGAUACUAUGAAGAUUUGGAUGAAGUCAGUUCAACAUCUUCCGUUUCCCAAUCACUCGAGAAUGAGGAUUCACAGGCAGUGGACCAGGAAGAAGAGGCUGCUCCUGUCCAAGUGCCCCGUCAUGCACCUGUGGUCCGAACUUCUUCUAUCCAGCCUGGUUUGAUGGCUCAGUCCCCAUCCUUUGGGAAGCAGCAUGUCUCCCUGAGUACUUUAUUGCCUGCAUCUUCAAACAGAAUCAUACCACAAGGGGCAGACAGUACAAUGCUUGCAACAAAGACUGUGAAACAUGGGGCCCCUGCUCCCACAGUCACUGUGCCGGCACCACAAGCGGCUGCUGCAGCAGCUCUACGAAGGCAGAUGGCUAAUCAGUCCCCAGCCGUAAGCACAUCCUUGACUGAAUCAACUCUGAAGAACGUUCCUCAGGUGGUGAAUGUGCGAGAACUCAAGAGUGGUGCAUUGACUCCAGCUGUCUCUGCAGUAAUAGGAUCAUCUGUACCUCACUCUGCAGCCCAGGCAGUCCACCAAGUUCUGGCAACUGUUGCUACAAAUCAAGCUAAACAGACACCUCUAACAAGCUCACUUAAGGCACAGACUCCACCUUCCUCUGCAUCAGCACCUUGUGCUAUGGCUUCUACAACUGGUCCAACAUCAUCUGGCAACAAAAUCUCAGGACAAGGGACGGUAAAAACAGUUGCAGCUGUGACUUCUACAGUGACAUCAGUACCAGCAACAACUGCACAGAUUAGCAAGGCAUUCUCAUUUUCUUCUGUCGGGUCCGGAUUUAAUUUUGGUGUUGUCACAUCGGCUACUGCAUCACCGACACCACCCAGCCUUGCUUCCUCACAAGCCCCAGCUAAGGAGUCCACCCAGCCUGAUUCAUUUUCUCUUGGUGGGGGCUCUAAAUUUGGAGCAGUCCCUGAGAGCUCCUUUGCUUUUGGAUCCCUCAAGCCAGCAAGUGCUUCAGGAGCCUCAGCAGCAAAUAGCGCUCCAGCAGAUGGCACCCAGUCAAACAAACCUGCUGCAACAACUUCUGCUCCUUCUGCAGCCUCUGGCAAGUUGGAUAUCCCUCCAUCUAAGCCAGCCGAUCACUUGUUUCAGAGCAAUCUAGGUGGGGAAACUCUUGGGAGCUUCUCGGGACUACGGGUUGGUCAAGCGGACGAUAAUACCAAGACUACCACUAAAGGACCAUCCACCAGCGUUGCAGGGGCACAGUCAACCAAAACAUCUACAAUACCUUCUGGGUUUACUUUUGGCACCCCCCUGCCAUUAGGAAAACCUGGAGAAACUAUUUCAACAUCAGUUACAACUGCUGGCACAGCAUCCAUGUCCAUCAGCACUACUGCCACAGGCAAUCUCUUUGGUAAUGUCCAGAUAACCAGCACAGGGUCUUCUGGGGUGUUUAAUCUUGGAGGAUCUAGCGGCAACAAACCUACCUUUUCAUUUGGUAUUCAGCAAGCAAACAAUAUGAGCACGUGCACCUCUGCCCCUUCUGCUCUCACUGCUUCAACAUCGCUGUCAUUUGGAAGUUUCUUGAGUUCAGCCCAAACUGCUGUCCCUGCUGCAACUUCUAGUAAGGGUGCAGGGGAUGUCAAGUUACCACCUGCAUCAGAAAAGCCAUCUGAAAAUGAAGCUGUAGCAGCUGGGUCUUCACCUCCAUUGUCUCAGGCACAGUCACCACAUCCACAGAUGCAGCUUUCGGAGUCCAUUAAAGAGUCUGCUUUACCCCAGGCCACAGCUGGGGACACGAGUGCUGCGGGUUCUAGCACUACAUCAGUAGCGCCUCCCCCUGAUGCAGUUGCUACUACUGCCUCUGCCAGUGAUUUGAAGGCACCGGUGCCUCCUGCUGUCUCUGCAUCUACCCAGCCAGAUCAGAAUGUCUCAGCAGCAACCUCUACAACAAACACUGCCUCUCCUGUAGAAGCAACAAGCGCAUUGUCUGUUACCUCUGAUGUUAGUUCAUCUGCCCAAAGUUCAGCUGUUGGUGCCUCUGUGUUCAUCCCCACUUCUGCGAGUUCCUCGGUGUUCCCUCAGCCUCCAAAUUCCAGCUCUUCUGGCUCAGCAUUUAGUCAGCCUACUGGUGAUACAGCUACCACUCCUUCCACACCACCUGUUUUUGGACAACUACCAGCAGGUACCACAGCAUCCUCUCCGUUUGGGCAACUCACCACCAGUACGUUGUCCACUGCCACCACUACCACACAAGCUGCCAGCUCAGGUUUUGGGACUUCUGCUUUUGGCACCACCACUGCUGGGGGCUUUGGUCAGCCAGCUUUCGGACAAGCACCGACCUUCGGGCAACCAGCAAGCAGUUCUUCAAGUUAUUUUAUCUUUAGUCAAGCUGGGUUUGGGACAAUGCCUGCCUUUGGCCAGCCAGCAGCUUCCACUGCAGCGUCAAGCAGUGGUAGUGUUUUUGGAGCACCAGCUAGCACCAACAGUGCCAGCACCCUCUCCUUCGGACAGCCAUCCGCCAGCGCUGGGGGCGGGUUGUUUGGACAAAGCAGCCCUCCAGUGUUCGGGCAGAACACCGCCUUUGGGCAAGGGGGAUCCGUCUUCGGUAGCGCUGCCACUGUUACCACUACUACGUCGUCUGCUGGGUUCAGCUUCUGUCAAGCUUCAUGUUUUGGUUCUAGCAACACAGGUUCUGUGUUUGGGCAAGCAGCUAACACUGGAGCCACCGUCUUUGGCCAGCAGCCAUCUUCUUCCAGUGGAGGCUUGUUUGGAGCUGGAAGUGGUGGAAGAGGUGGAGGUUUCUUCAGUGGCUUGGGAGGAAAGCCAAGUCAGGAUGCAGCCAAUAAGAACCCUUUCAGUUCCUCCAGUGGAGGAUUUGGAUCUGCAGCUUCCCAGAAUUCUUCUAGCUUAUUUGGAAACAGUGGGGCCAAGACCUUUGGAUUUGGCAGCUCAUCUUUUGGAGAACAGAAACCUACAGGCACUUUCAGCUCUGGUGGUGGAAGUGUGGCAUCUCAAGGCUUUGGGUUCUCUAGUCCAAGCAAAGCAGGUGGCUUCGGUGCUGCUCCAGUGUUUGGCAGCCCUCCCACUUUUGGGGGAUCCCCUGGGUUCGGAGGGGUGCCAGCAUUCGGUUCAGCCCUAACCUUUUCAAGCCCUCUGGGCUCUACGGGAGGCAAAGUGUUCGGCGAAGGUACAGCAGCAGCCAGCGCUGGAGGAUUUGGGUUUGGUGGUACCAGUAACAAUACGGCAUCGUUUGGCACGCUAGCAAAUCAGAAUACCCCGACGUUUGGAUCGCUAUCCCAACAGGGUACCGGUUUCGGCGCACAGAGUAGUGGAUUCUCGGCUUUUGGGACAGGUGGAGGAGGGUUUGGUUUUGGAUCAUCUAACACAUCUUCCUCUGGAUUUAGUGGAUGGAGAAGCUAAGAGCAUACUGAACUUUCUCCUGCAGAACUUAUGUUCUUGUGUCACCUUCGUGAUCAAUAUCCAAACAGCUUUUCUUUUAAAUACAAACUCUGACUUCCUUUUUUUUAAAAAAAAAAAAAAAAGAAAGAAAAAGAUGAUGCUUAUUUUUAUGCAACACUUAUUCUUGCUCUAUAUUAAAAUAUUUUAUCUGCCUUGA